CAUAUUUCUUACACCAUAGAUAUCACAAUUAACUAUCAACUACCUAUAGGGAACUAAUUACAAAAUCCUAGAGGUUGUGAUAUUAUGGCUCCUACACUUCAACGUGCACUUUCUCAUCUGCUCACUCUUGUAGCUUCACUUUCAAUACUCCUAGUGGUACCCUCCUCUUGUUUCAACCCUAAAAAGAUUGUGAAUGCUUCCUAUGCUUCAUACUCCUUAUAUGGUUCAGAUUGGUCUCCUGCUGUAGCCACUUGGUAUGGACCAGCCCAAGGGGACGGUAGUGAAGGUGGUGCUUGUGGUUAUGGAAGUGCUGUUGGGGAACCUCCUUUCUCAUCAUUGAUGUCGGCGGGAAGCCCUCUUUUGUUUGAAUCAGGCGAAGGCUGUGGUUCUUGUUACGAGAUGAAGUGCACUGGGAAUUAUGCAUGCUCAGGCAAUUCUGUAAGGGUAGUCAUCACUGAUAGCUGUCCUGGGUGUGGUUCAGAUGCUCAAUAUCAUUUUGAUUUGAGUGGCACUGCUUUUGGUGCGAUGGCAAUUUCAGGCCAAGACGAGAAGCUACGCAAUGCUGGCAAAAUAGACAUUCAAUUUAGAAGAGUUGAAUGCAACUAUCCCGGUGUAUCAAUAUCUUUUCGCGUGGAUCCUGGUUCCAACAAGGAAUAUUUUGCAAUCUUGAUUGAAUAUGAGAGUGGUGAUGGUGACCUAGACAAAGUUGAACUCAAGGAAGCACAUGCUUCCGCCCAAUGGUACUCCAUGCAGCGAUCAUGGGGUGCAGUUUGGAAACUUGACAAAGGGUCAGCACUUGUGGCACCAUUCUCCAUCAAGCUAACCACUCUCAAAUCUGGCAAGACCAUUGUGGCUAACAAUGUGAUCCCUGCUGGGUGGAUUAUUGAUCAGACUUAUAGAUCAAUUGUCAAUUUUUAAUUUCAAUAAUCGAAGUUGUCCAUUUGUUUGGAUCUAUCAUCAGCUUGUGGUUGUCCUACUUAAUAUAAUAUAUGAAUAAGAAGAUAAUUAAUCUUAA